AUGUCCCCACUGCGCCUCUGGUUCCCAUGGCGUGUCUUCGUGUGGCACCCAUUGUGGCUUCUGGCCCAGGCAGCUCAGCCUCUGGAGUGGGCCCUGGACCCUGUCCAGUGGACCUCCCAUCACGCUCAUUCAAACGUUCCCAGUGUCACACUUAAACCUCUGGAUUUGGAACUGACCAUCACUCCAGAGCCCACUACGGAAGCUAAGUUUCCUACAGCUCAGCAGGAGGUACAGCCAGCUCAGCCUUCAGAGCCUUAUGAAAUGACCGUUUCACCUCCAAGUCACCAUCAGGCUCAGCAUUCAAACGUAUCCACUAUCACCAUCAAACCUGCAGAUGUGGAGCUUAGCAUAACAGCAGAACCCACUCCAGAGGUGGGACCUUCUCCAACUCAGCACAAGCCUUCAGCUCAGCCCUCAGUGCCCCUUAGUAGUGCAGAAUUGUCUACAGCCCAGCACGAGGCCCCCACGCUGCCUCCACAGCCACCUGACGAGGUUGAACCUUUGCCAGCCCAAUCUAUAGACGCUGUUACACCUAAUAAACUUUCAGCACAAGAGGAGACCACAGCUCAGACUCCAGAGCUCUCUAAUGAGAUGGUAGUUCUCUCUCCAGAGCAUCACGUAACAACGGUUUCUCCUCUAGGUCAGGAUCAAGCUCAGCUUCUGCAGCGGCCCACUGUCACUGUUAAACCUGUGGAUCUUGCACUUGCCAUAACUCCAGCAUUCACUAAUGAGGUUGAAAGUUCUCCAUCCCAACAAGAAGCCUCAGCCCAGUUCACAGUGUCCCCUGAGCAGGUGAAACCUUUGUCAGUGCAGCAAGAGGUUUCAGAUCCGCAUCCAACUGCCUCUGAAAGUGUUGAACCUUCUCCAGUCCAGCAGGAGCCCCCAACUCAGCCUCCAGAGGCCCCUACAGAUGUUGCAGCUCCACCUUCACUACCUAAUGAAGUGACAGGCUCACCUCUAAGUCCAGAGCCCACUGAAGAGGUGGAACAUCCCGCAGUGCAGCAGGAGGCCCCAGCUCAGUCUCCGGUUCCCCAGGGGGGCUCAUAUAUAUCUCCUGAGCCCCCUAAGGAGGUGGUACCUUCUGCCACACAACAGGAGCUUCAGGCUCAGGCAUCAGAGCCCCCUACAGAAGUGGAACCAUUGCCAGUCCAGCCUACCACAGAGGCUGAACGUUCCACAGUCCUGCAGCAGAGUGCAGUUCCAGCAGCAUCCCCCGAAGUGACAAUUGCAAGUGCAGAGCAGGUUCAGCUUCCACAUCCAACCUUGACUGAGGUCACAGUUCAACCUUUGGACCUGGAAAUUACGUUAACUCCGGAAUCCAGUAUGGAGGCUGAACUUUCUCCAACCACGCGGCAGCCCCAAGCUCAGCCUCCAGAGGCAGUUGUAGCUCAGUCUCCAUCGCGUCCCGAGGUACCGGUUCCAGCACCAGAUCAGGCUCAUGCUGAGCCUCCAACAUCACCCAGGGUCACAGCGAAACCUUUGGACCUGGAGCUUACCGUAAGAUCCUAUGUGGAGACUGAACUUUCUCCAACCAUGCAGGAGACCGCAACACAACCUCCAGAGCUACCAGUUCAACCUCCAUUCCAGCAGGAGGUGACAGUUCCAACUCCAAGUAAGGAUCAAGGGCAGCAGCCAACAUCACCCAGCGUCACAGCUCAUCAUAUGGACCCAGAGCAGACGACAGCUCCAGAACCUACUACGGAGGCUGGACCUUCUACAGCCCUGCAGCCAACUGAGGUGGCACUUGCACAGCCAUUUCUGACUCAAGUCACAGUUCCACCUGUGGACCUGGGAGGUACCAUUUCUCAGCAACCAAGUCCAUCUGAGACAGUUCUUUUAUUUUCACCUCAGGAUUCAGUAUCCACAGGUCUUCCUGGUGUAAACUAUACCCCAAAAAAGAAGCAAGCAGAACAGAAUGCCACCAUGAACAUCAACAUGUGUGAGCUCUGUACCUGCAAAGAUGAGACGCUGUCCUGUGUGGGUCUCAGCCCCAAGCAGAAGCUCCACAGAGUGCCUGAGCCACAGCCCAACACCUACAAGGGCAUCUUCACCACCGUAAAUUUCCAAGGAAACUCUAUGUCUUACAUUGAUGAAAAUGUAUGGAAGGCAUACCGUUGGACUGAGACACUGAUUCUCAGUGACAAUCAUUUGACUGAAUUACAUAAGGACUCAUCUGAAGGCUUGCUAUCCCUCCAGUAUUUAGAUUUAUCCUGCAAUAAAAUACAGUCUAUUGAAAGACGUACAUUUGAACCGCUACCUUUUUUGCAGUUUAUAAAUCUAGGUUGCAAUUUACUCACAGACCUGAGCUUUGGAAAGUUUCAGGCCUGGCAUGGAAUGCAGUUUUUACAUAAGUUGUAA